AUGCGGCCCUUUCUCCGGCCGAACCGAAUCAAGACAGCCGAAGAAUCGUCAUCCGAGAGGUCCAGAGUCAUCCUCUUCGAAGGGCCUCGGGAGAUAGUGGAUGAGAACUAUCUCGCCAUCUUCUUCACCGAUCUAUCCACCUUCGACACCGACGAAGUGGCCGUCAUCUACGAGGACCAGACCAUUCGGCAAAUACGAUAUGGCUUUGCGUCCUACAGAGGACAGGCACAGAAUGCUUGGAAGUGGUGCCGUGCUGCCCAGUCGGGGCGGGUCAUCCUUGGUCGUCCUCGAUUGUCAGACGAAGAAGUCCGAUGCUGGCGACAGGUCUGGCUUUCGUGGGGCGCAGACCCUUGUGCUUAG